AUGGUCACCACAUCGAAGACCAAGCCAUCCCUGGAUGUAUUCAAGCAGAGCUUCCGUGAAUAUCUGCGUGAGAGUAAUGUAGUAAAGGACGAGAUGGAGCUCGAGCAGCUCAUGCAGCUAUUGCACGAGCCUUUGCCCGUCUCAUUUCGCCUUAAUCUACAUUGUCCUGAUGCUUUAAAACUGAAGCUUUUGUUGGCCACGGAAUUGCAAUUUCCACGUGACAAGUAUUUGCAUGGUCAAAUUCCCGUCAAUCCACCCAAGCCUAUCACGUGGUAUCCGCUGAAAAACGUGGCGUGGCAAAUGGAUUGCGGACGUGUUGCGCUCUCCAAAAGUGCACCAAAACAUGAGGAUGUGCGUGCAUUCCACGCAUUUUUGCUAGAGCAGACAGAUCGUGGAAACAUUGAUCGUCAAGAAGCGGUGAGUAUGCUGCCUGUGCUUUUCCUGGAUGUGCGGCGAGGCCACCGUGUAUUAGACAUGUGUGCUUCUCCUGGGUCAAAGACGACGCAGGUUCUCGAUUUUUUGCUCUCGUCAGAAAACAGUACGAGUAAUAAUCAGAGCGGUCUCGUGAUUGCGAAUGAUCUUGACAAGAAGCGCGCGUAUAUGCUAGUGCAUCGCCUUUCGAGAAACACGCUGCGCCGCGCUGUGGUAACUUGUGGUGCGGGCGACACGUUUCCGGGGCUUUAUGAUGCUGAUUUGAAGACAUUGCAAGCUACGAAUGUGAUCGAUCGUGUGUUGUGUGACGUUCCUUGCAGUGGUGACGGCACGCUGCGCAAAAAUCAGGCGUUGUGGAAGGAUUGGCACAUUGGCCAAGGUCUAACGUUGCAUCCGGUUCAGCUGGCGCUGGCCCUUCGUGGUGCAGCGCUACUUAAAGUUGGUGGCAUAAUGCUGCUGGAUGUUUCAGAAAAGUUGCCAGAGCUUGUCGCUCGUCCUGGCAGGAUGAAAUGGCGUGUAGGAUGGCGCUCAAAGUCCAAGUCUACUCACAAGGGUCACCUGUUCAAAAGUGACGACAGCAACAAGAACGACGAUACUCAAAACUUGCACCAGUGGUUUGACAGCUACGACACAAUGGCGCAUGAUCUCCGUGGUAAGCGAGUAACACGAUCCAUGUUUCCGUCUGAAGAUAGGAUUGGUCAGGAACUGCACAAGACACUUCGCCUUAUCCCGACUGACCAGAACUCAGGCGGGUUUUACAUUGCUGUGCUACACAAGGUGGCAGAUUUGCCCGGCGAAGAGGGCCGUCAGGAAGGCCUUGCUUCAUUGGAAGAGUUGCAGGCAACACCACCCGUUGAGUAUGUUUGCAAGCUGUGUGGCGAGGGAGGGCAUUUUUUAAAGAGUUGCAAAAACUUCUUAUCUGAUACGGAGUUCGUUACCGUGACCUCGUCGUCAAAGCCACAGAUGAAGAAGCGCCGUACUAUCGAGUCGGCAGACGCUGCAAGUGGUGUACAGAAGAAGACUGAAAAGAAGCGCGAGACGGUCUAUCGCCAUGUUGGAGACAAUGUAUGGCAGCAAUUGCGAGAUUUUUAUGGCCUAGAGGAUGCAAACUUAAGGAAGCGCUUGUGGUGCCGUUCGAAUACAGCUGCUACCGUGAAUUAUGUCGACAAGGAAAUCUCUGACGCCUGCUUGGGUGGUGAUGCCUUAGAUAUUGUUAACACGGGCUUGAAAGUGUUCACCAAGGUUAUUGAGUGUGGCGAGGUGUAUUACCGCCCCUCGGAAGAGAGUCUCGGUUUUUUUGACAACUUUUUCACCAAGCGGCGGAUAGAUAUCACUGCUGACGAUAUCUCCAGUCUCCUGAAACACGCAGAGCAGCAUGUGGCGUUUGGUUCACUGUCGUCGUAUUCGCAAAAGUCACUAGAUAGGUUGCCGGUGGGUCCUGCAGUUAUUCGAGUUCAAAAUCACGAGCAAAUUCGAAUGAACAUUUGGAUCGGUAAAGGAUCAAUUUUGCCCCGCGUGUCGAAAGUCAUGCGAAAAGAGGUUGAAGAUGCGCUCAAGGCGUGCAUUUCAAGAUAA